AUGGUGAAUAAUUUUAAUGGCGUUAACCAAUCUGUAUCAACAUCACCAUCAUCUUCUAUGGAAAAUACUUUUAUUAACAACAAUUUCAAAAGAAAAAUGUCAAAUUCAUCAUCGAGCGACAACUCUUCUUUAAAUCCUACCCCUACAAAUUCUUUUACAAACCUUUCUACUUCAUCAUCGGAAGAUCCUAUAAUUUCUAUUGAAGAUAUCUCAUCGGAAAAUCCAUGUUUCUCUUGUCAAUCUCCAUGUUCAAUUCAUCCUUCUUAUCCUUCUAAUUUAAACAUUAAUCGUGUGGCAAAUCUACAUGAUACUGUACAGCCACACAUCCGUCAUGUUAUAAUUUCAACAGGAAAAUCCGAUUGGAAUAAAAUAAUUGAAUUGGAUUCCGGGAACCUUUCGGCGGAAUUUGAUAGACAGAAUUCCACUUUAUCAUUUUUAACAUUUCUUUCUUUUUGGGGAAAUGAUGUUUUGAUAUUCCCCGAUAAUUUAAUUGUGCGUAAUGUUACAACGGGUAAAGCUAAAGAAUUUUAUGAUCGAUUUUUAUCAAAUAAAAAGUUGGAUGAUAAAGAAACAUUAAAAACUGGAUUUGCUGUUGAAAACAUUAGUUAUAAAUCCGUAAUAUUAAUUUGUGGUCACAAAACUCGUGAUAUAAGAUGCGGAAUUGCUGGACCAAUUUUGAAAAAUGAAUUUGAAAAAGUAUUAAAGGAAAAACGGAUGGAUUUGGUUUCUACCGGAAAUAAAGGAGUGCCGGUUUAUCUCUCGAGUCAUGUUGGAGGACAUCAAUUUGCCGGAAAUGUCAUUGUAUAUCGAGAUGGCCAUGGCAUAUGGUACGGUCGCGUAACACCUUGUCAUGUUCCGAUGAUAAUUGAAAAAACGAUAAUUGAAGGAAAAAUAAUUAAAGAUUUAUAUCAAAAAGAUGUUGAAAUUCGUGAUAUAGAUGUAAAUCCUAGCAAUGAAACGUCAACCACAACAAAAGUAUCGCCAGGUGACGAUUUUACAAGAAGGAUUGAAAAUCCUUCGUACUUUCGUGGAACUCAAGAUCGAGUUACGGGAUCAAUCAAGGAAGGAAUCGGAAAACUUAUUGGAAAUGAAGGUUUGGAGGACCGUGGCAAAAGUCAAAAACAAAAAGGUCAACGUGAAAUUAUUAAUGUUCAAUCCGAAAUAUUUGAUACAGUACUUUAG